AUGGACAGCUACAUGGAGGCAGAUGCCGAGCUGGUGGGAAUGGGACUUCGUGUCUCAGUGUCCCCGGUCCAAACGGCCUUCUACAUCCUCCUGGUGCUGCUGGGAAUCCUGGGAAAUUCCACGGUGAUCCUUGUCAUCGGCAAGAGUGUGAUUAUGGAUCACGCCGGAGGACGGAACUCGGACAUCAUCAUCAUCAACAUGGCCUUCUCCAACCUGCUGGUGUCGGUGAUGAGGAACACUCUGCUUGUCAUCUCAGACAUGGGGCUGGAGCUGUACUCGUCUAAAGAGUGGUGUCAGCUCCUCAUGGGCGUGUGGGUGUGGCUGCGAUCGGUCAACGUCUGGUCAACACUCUUCCUCAGCGCCUUCCAUCUCCAGACACUCAGGAGGGUGGCCCCCACCAUAGGCAUGCUGCAUGGCCCUCGUGGGGUUCCCAAGGCCCUGCUGCUGAGUUUAGGUCUGAUCUGGUUGGUCAACUUUAUUUACUCCAUCCCUGCUCACAUCUUCUCCACAAGUGGGAAUGUCAACUCCACUGAGACUUUAAUGUUGGUCAGCAGCACGACGCGACCCCUGCUGGGCUGCGUGUGGAACUUCCCCACCGAGUACAGCGGCCUGGCUUAUGCCACCACCUCCAUGGUGAUCCAUGAAGCGCUUCCCAUCAUCCUGAUGGCUCUGACCAACAUGAGCUCCCUCUACACGCUCUACUCUCACAGCAGGAAGAGCAGCUCCACGAAGGACGCCCUGGUCAUCAAGAGAGUUCCCGCUGAGAGGCGAGCGGCGAAGGUGAUUCUGGCUCUCAUCAUGCUCUUCAUCGCCUCCUGGGGCACCAGCAUCAUAUCCGUCAACUAUUUCAACUACAACCGCGGCACCUCGGCGGAUUUCUUGCUGGUGGUCGCCCGCUUUGCCAACAUCAUCUUCAUUGCCAUGUCUCCCGGUGUUCUGGCCAUCGGCCACCGUCGCCUGAGGGCCUUCAUCAAGUCUGCCCUCUCCAGCUGACCAGUAGGAUCAUGGUUAGCUCCGCCUUGUGUGUGUGAUUCUGGAGAUGCUUGUGUGCAAGCGCAUUGACAUCCUGUAUUAAGGUUUGUUUCAUUUACAGACUGAAUAGAGUGAGGAAGUUAUCAGAAAAGAUGAUGAAAUGUCUCUAGUUUGAUGAGACAUCAAACUGUGACACUUUGUUACACGUAAUAAUAAGAUAAUAAUAGCAAUAUAUGUGAUAAUAACCAUCCUUUGUUUUUUCCAAAAAGACAUUAUAGUCAUUAGUCAUUAAAGUUUAAGGCUCUGUUUAUGCCAGAUUCCAUGGAGAAAUAAUUUAUAAUAAAUUCAAAUUAAAACAAACAAAAGGUUCAGAAAGUCAGAAAAUCUACCAACUUCAUUUCCUUGCUUUAUUCUUCACCAUCGUGUUUGCGACAUGUUUCUGAACAACAAAAACAGUUUCUUUUUUCUCCUUCACAUCGGCCAUCUUGGAUUGCUUUCCUGCUGGGUUUCCCACUCUGUGCCGGUUGAGAACCUUAGUCCACCCCAGCACCAUACCGCCGAUGCUUCUCCGCAGCUUGCGGUGUCCCAGUGCCACCACCAUGGGACUGAAACCCACAAACACAGAGGCAGAAAAGUGGGACACAGUCAGCAGCCCUUCGGCGUGAUGUCCACCGUCGUGGUUGUAAUAGGUCACAGCGGCGACCUGCAGCACCCAGCAGACCACAAAGAGCGACACCAGUGACAUGAUCACCUGCGCAGCUUUCCGUUCAGUCGCCACGUGUUUGUCCUGAUCGCCAUGGCUGCCAGCGGUGAUGGCUCUGAUGUGCUUUCCCAGAGACUGCAGGGUUGCCAGGUUGGUGACGACCAUCAAAACCAAUGGCAACACUUCAUUUAGCGCCAGAGAGGCUGAAGCAAAGGCAAUGCCCUGUUGCGUUGAAGGGAAUUCCCAAAUGCAGCCCAGAAGAGGUCUGGUGGUGCAGCUGAUCACCAUCAGUUCCACGGUGGCAUUCCCAUGAACAUGGGUGCUGUAAAGCAACGCCGGCGUGGAGAAGGCCAGAUUUGCCCCCCAAACCACAGCCAAGACCAUCCACACGCGACGCCUCUCCCGCCUCUGUGCUAGAGGGCCGACGGCAACGUGGUGGCGUCUGAGGGUGGCGCAGUGGAAGGCACUGAGCGCCAGCGUCACCCAGCAGCCCACGGCUCGCCACCACACCCACAGCAGCAUGAAGACCCUGCACCAGCCCGGAGACAGAGACACAUUCAGACCCAGAUCUGACACAAAGAUGGGAACCGUCCGGAAAAGAGAGGUCAGUAGGUUGGCCAGAGACAGGUGCACCAAGAUGGUGUCGGAGGGGGCCAUGCGGCGGGACAGACUCUUAGUGGCCGACCGGAACACCUGUGGAGGACAAGUAUUACAACACUUCACCAGCUGGUGCUUACCUUAAGCUUGUAAUGGUCAAUGAUGUGAAAUAGUUUAGCAAAGAAAUGGCUAAAUACAAUUGUAAUACAAUUCCUUUCAUUCACUUUCAAGGACCAAAAAGAACAUCAUAAAUGGGAGGAUGGCGUUGGACUCCACCAGGGGCUGGGGUGGCCCAGGUUUUUGUUCCAACCCAUCUAGUACACACAGCUUCCAUAAUGAAGUGUGUGAAGAAUGUGAU